UUGCGUGCCGUUGAAUAUCUUAAUGACGUUUUCGAUCAAGUGCCAAACUUUGAUGAAUUGUUGCAGUUGUCUGUAAUCGAAUUAAUCAGAAAGGAUUACAUUGGAUGUUAUCAGGGAAAAUAUAUUCGUUGUAUCUUUGAACUACUGAAUGCGGCGUCUCAUUCUGUUAAAUACGAAGCCGCUACUUCAUUAAUGGCUCUUACCCACGCCCCCGCAGCUGUUAAGGCUGCUGCAUCCUGUUACAUCGAACUAAUAAUUAAAGAGUCUGACAAUAAUAUCAAAUUAAUUGUUUUGGAUCGGCUGGACGAAUUGCGUGAAAAACAUGAGCAAACUUUGGACGAUCUGGUAGUGGAAAAGUUUCCAAACCUACGAUCAUCAAUAACGGAGAAAUUGCUCGAAACGUUUAUGGAUGUCAAAUCUGGAAAAGUAUUUCGGGGUGCCUUAUGGAUUGUAGGAGAGUACUGUACAGAAUGUCAAGAUAUUGAGGAAGCUUGGAAACAAAUAAGAGCUGGACUUGGGGAAAUUCCGAUUUUGGCCUCAGAACAGCGUUUACUUGAAGAAGCAGAAAAGGAAGAAAAGGGAGAAGAUUCUGUUUCCGAUAAUAAAUCUGCUAACACUUCAUCAUCUCGUCGUAUUCUUGCUGAUGGCACAUAUGCUACUGAAUCCAUAUUUUCAUCUAAUUCAUUAAAUUCGGCAAAGCUUGAUGCUGUUAAAGCAGCUGCAAAACCACCGUUGAGAUGUAGAUAUGACUUCUUCCUUGGAUCCGUACUUGCUGCAACUUUGACUAAGUUAGUAUUGCGUUACGCUGGUGUCUCGAAGGAUGUAAAAAAAACGAAUGCAUUGAGAGCAGAGGUAAAAGUUGGGCAAUCACAAUUUGUGUCAACACCUAUUGAUGAGGAUUCCUACGACAGAAUCAUGUCUUGUCUGCAUGUUUUAGAACAGCUUUCAAUUGAUGCUUCAAUCAAGUCCGCGUUCCUACAAGAUACGAAAGCAGCCUUUGCAAGGAUUGUAGAAGCUGAAGAGAAACGUACAGCAGCAAAAAAAGCUAAAGAUAAAUCCGUAGCAGCAGUCCAAGUUGAUGAUCUUAUUUCUUUCAGACAAUUUUCAAAGCGUAAUCUAGGAGAUGAAGCUGAUGAGAACCUCUCUAUAGAAUUUGCUACUUUGGGUGAUUUAAAACUAGUUGAGAGACCUACACAGCAUAAUCUCGCGCCUCAUAGUUUUCACAGUGUUAAAGCUACUAUUAAAACUGGUGUAAUCUUUGGUAAUAUUGUUUAUGACGGACCUGGUACUUCUGAGAGCAAUUGUGUUGUGCUUAAUGACAUUCACAUUGAUAUAAUGGAUUACAUUAAUCCUGCUGUAGAAAAACAAACUGACGGUGCAAUUACCGGGCAUGUUCGAAUUAGAAGCAAAACACAGGGAAUAGCAUUAAGUCUCGGAGAUAAGAUCACGUUAGGUAUGUCUGCAUCACAUUUAAUUAGUUGA